AGUGAUCUAUGUUCUUUCUAUUUUCCCUUGGUUUUGCUUACAUGGAGUUUAUGUUGUAUAAAAGAUGAUGCUUCGUGAAGGUGUAUUGUUGAAUUGUUCGUGUAUUAAAAAAUAAAAAUUGCUCUUCUUUAUGUUGGAUAUUGCCCCUGUCGUAUCUGAUAUUAGAGGGACUUUCCUUCCUUCUUUCCUGGUUACACCAGCAAAGGAAGUUAAAGUACACUUUGAUAAAAAUAAUUAUUUUAUAUUUUUCAAUUUUCACACACGUUUUUUUUUUGUUUGUGCCGCUGUUCACGUGUGAGCGGGCGCAGUCUAUUGAUGAAGCUAGAAACAUAAGUUGUACUUUUAAAAAAGUUUCAAAAUAUAUUUCUGUUUUUGCUCGUUUAAUUCGUGCUUUUCUAUUAAAAUUGAGGUUUAGUACAAUUGUGCUGAUAUUUUUUAUAAGUAAGUGUCAUGUCUAAACGCAGACGCGAAGCAGAAGCAAAUGAAAAGUCUAGCAAAGUGAACCCCACAAGUUCAGACAGUGUGGAAGAAAAACGUGCAAAAGUUUUUGAUGACGAUGAAGUAAAGAAUGCAGAUGAAAGCUUCGUAACUGGCAGUCCAGAUGGUUUUGAAGAGUUGCGGCCACAGAGAGGACAGUCAAAGAAGAGUGAAAGUCUGUCUGACUUGGAAGAAAGACCUGAAUUAAUAUCUCAGAAAUCUUUGGAUGGAGAUGACAGUGCCAGUGAUAUGGGAUCAGUAAUGGAAGAAACUAACAGUCAUUUAUACCAAGACUUGCUUGAUGCAGUGCUUAAAAUGAAAGAUAACAAUGGCAGAAUGAUUUGCGAGCUGUUUCUAAAACUGCCUCCAAGACAACAGUACCCAGAGUAUUACAGAGUGAUCAAAGAACCUAUUGAUCUUAAAAUGAUUUACUCUCAAGUCAAGAACAAUGGCUAUGCUUCAAUGGAUGAAAUUGAAAGAGACCUCAACCUUCUGGUGAAAAAUGCCCACGCUUUCAAUGAGCCUGGUUCACAAGUGUACAAGGAUGCUACAGCCAUAAAAAAGACUGUUGUCACCAAACGACUAGAAAUUGAACAUACUUUAUCUGGCGCUAAAUCCAGCAAAAGAUUACGGUCAAAGCGUUCAACAUCCAAGAUGAGUUUUGCAAUCAAUGCCCUUCUCUCUGAAUCAGAUGACGAGGAGGAGGAUCUUUUGAAUGAUGCGACACAACUCUUGGAAGAAGACGAAGGAAACAAAAAACCUGAUGGCGACAGCGAGGAUCCAUUUCUAACGCUGUAUAACUCUGUUCGAAUAUACUCUGACUACAGUGGACGAAUAUUGAGCGAGGCUUUUAUGAGAUUGCCGUCUAAAAGAGCAUAUCCUGAUUAUUAUGAAAUCAUAAAAAAUCCCAUUGGAUUGUUGAGAAUUGGUUCCAAUAUAAAGAACAAUUACUACGAAAGCCUGGAUGUGCUUGUUGCUGAGAUAAAUCAGUGUUUUGAGAACGCAAAAAUUUUCAAUGAAACUGAAUCUAUGUUAUAUCAGGACGCUGUGACGUUGCAGGACAUUUUGAAGACGAAGAAAUCUGAAGUUGAGAAGAUGUGUCAGAGUAAAGGAAUUCCGCUUACAAGAGCGGUCAGCAAGAAAAUACCAAAAACUAGUGAGCAAACCCCGAGUGAAGAGGGAGAUGUGGAAACAAAAGAAACUCCUGUUUCGGGAGGCAAAGCUUUGAGUAAGAAACCUGGCAAGAAACAGAGUGAAAAUGAAGCGUUUAAAAAACGUAUGAAAGAAUUAUAUAAUGCUGUUGAAAAAUACCAGGACGAAAAUGGGAGGCUUUUGUCGGAACUCUUUUUGGAGUUACCUUCAGCCUCACUUUAUCCAGAUUAUUACGAGAUCAUCACGGAACCAACGUGUUUACACAUGAUUGAAAAGAACAUACGAGAAGGCAAGUACCAAACGGAACAGCAGUUUCUUUUGGAUUUUGAAAUUAUGUUUGAGAACGCAAAGCAUUACAAUGAAGUUGGUUCUCAAGUGCACCAGGAUGCCCUGACAUUGGAUAAAGUCCUCAAAAAGAAACGAAAAUCUCUCGGACGGCCAUUAUUAGCUCAAGUUGAGAGUGGUACCUCACCAAGCAUCACUACUAAACAACUUCCUGCAAGCAACAAACAAACAACACCAACUAAAUCUCGCUCUAGUUCAGGCAGAACGUAUCAAGCAGGUUCUUCAACAGAUGUCAAGGAGCUUUGUAAAGAACUGUAUAAUUCUGUUAAAGAUUACACGGACAAUACUGGUCGUUACCUUUGUGGGAUUUUUCAAAAGCUUCCUUCAAAAGCAGAUUAUCCUGAUUACUAUGCCCUGAUCAAGAGACCCAUUGAUAUGACAAAGAUCUCUGGUAAAUUUCAUGCUGAUCAAUACAGUACCCUGGAGGAAUGUUUUCAAGAUUUUGUUCUUAUGUUUGAUAAUGCCUGCAAAUAUAACGAUCCAGACUCACAAGUGUACAAGGACUCGUUGGUUUUAUUAAGAGAGCUUUUGGCAACGAAACUUGAACUUUUAGGUGACUGUGAGCUUCGAGUUCCGGAUGUUCCUGAUCUUGUCCAGAAAAUGUUGGAAGAUCUUUAUAACUCUAUAAUACAUCAUCAGGAUGAUGAAGGUCGUUGUUACAGUGAUUCAUUAUUGAAGUUAGCGAGUGUUGAAGAAGUGAAUGAAGCUGGGGAAAAACGUAAUAUUUUGACCUUGUCUACCAUUGGAAAACUCAUUCAGAAGCGUUAUUACAAGAGAUUAGACAAACUGCAAGAAGAUCUGUAUGCUUUCUUUGAAAAUGCUCGAACACAUCGUUCUGAUACCGAGGUCUACGACGACGCCGUAGAACUGCAACAGUUUUACGUGCAGCAACGUGAUCGUGUUUGCAAAGAUGGAGAACGUUUCGUGUCGCCUGCAAUCUCGCAAACGAAACGACAUUUGCAGCACGAACUGGACGAGGAACGAAAACGAAAAACGAGGGAAGAAGCCUCGGAUACGGUCGAUGUUGCAAAUGAUGAGAUUGGGCUCACUGAGCUUCCUGAAAUCAAACUUGGUGAUCUAGAAAUUGCAGUUGGUGAUUUUGUUCAUGUGGAGGAUAAUGGAGAUCGUUUUAUUAUUGGUAUAGAAAAAAUGUGGACUGACAAGGCAGAGAUGAAGUGGAUACGUGGUACUUGGUUUUAUCGCCCAGAACAGACUCUUUGUGAUGGAAGUCGCAAAUUUAUUGAAAAGGAAGUAGUCCGCAGUGAUAGAAAAUCAGCGAUAAAAGUGAAUCAAAUAAAAGGACGUUGUUAUGUCAUGCACAUCAAGAAUUACAUAAGAAGUAAACCACAUGAUUUCGAAGACGAUGAUAUAUACGUGUGUGAAUGUUCGUACAAUGUUGGUCGAAAGUCGUUCAAGAAAAUCAAGUCUUGGCCAGGGGGACAUGGGCAUACAAUGCGAUAUGUACCACGUGAACAACCACUGCCCCUUAAACGUUCUCCUCUCGACCCAAGCAAGACUGGACUGGGGGAGAGUAAUGAUGAAGAUUUGAUUACGUCAUUAUUUCAAGCCACGGAAGAGAGAAAGAGUUUACAAAUUGAAGUUCCAAAUUCAGAAGGCUACAUCAACUACGAACAGUUCUGGACAGAUUCUGGCUGCUAUAAACUUGGCGACACUGUGUUCUGUCAAACAGACGAAGGUUAUUCCUCGAUCGCUAGGAUUGAUAAAAUAUGGACAGAUCGAUCUGGUAUGACUUAUUUCUGUGGUACGACAUUCAUCAAGCCAGACGACACCCAACAUCUGCCAACGCAUAUGUUUUAUGACAAAGAAGUUUUCCAUGUUCCAGUCGACGAUGUCCAUCGCAUGUGCGAUAUUGAAAGAAAAUGCUUUGUCUUGCCAAUCAGAGAGUACAUGAGAUGUCGUCCAACUGACGUGCCUGAGGAAGAUGUUUUCCUUUGUGAAUCAAGAUAUGACGAGGAUGAUGGUGGACAUUAUAGGAAACUUAAGGGUCUGAAGAGACCAACAUUAUCAACCAGUGUUUAUGAAGAGGAAUUCCAUUUCUUUGAAGAAAACCUGAAUCUUGUUAAAAAACCUUCACCAUUGUUGGUAAAAGAUCUUAGUGAACUUCGUCGAGAUGACAGGAUUGUUUCACCCUCGUCUUCUGCAGGAGAUGGUGAAUCAAACAAGGGUACGAAGAAACGUUCCCGAGCGCAGUCUGGAUUUUUGCUCUUCUCUACCGAAAGACGUGGUGUUUUACGUAAACAGUAUCCAGACUACGGCUUUGGGGAUAUUAGUAGACUUGUGGGGACAGAGUGGAAGAACUUGAGUCCGAUGAAGCGCGAAGAAUGGGAAUCACGUGGUAACUCACAAGCAACAAGCAAAGCUCCAAUAACUUCACCUUCAGCAUAUUUCUCCGCUCCUGGUCUCGUAUACGACUGUCUCUGGCAAGGAUGUGAUUAUCAAUAUGAAAAUCUUAGUGAAUUGAUCAUUCAUGUCUUAGAAAGCGGAGGACAUCUCAUCAAAAUGGACAAUGGCAUAUGUCCUUGUGUUUGGAGGAAUUGCGAAAGACUCAAGAGAGGAAUGAGGCCUUUUAAUUCAUUGACAAAACUCAUCAGACAUUGCCGUGAAGUUCAUUUGAAAGGCCCGCCGAGACGUGUGGAAAUUCAUGAACGAAGCAAGAAUUUUUUCCCUAAGAACCAAGCCCCUGUGCAACUUGAACGUCCCUCCCCCAGUCCUGUAUCCACCAAUCAAAAUCAAGGACCAGGCAACAACCAAGCCUUUGUUGGUGUCGUUCCCUCGCCCACACCAAGUCAAGUAUUAGGAGGUGGUCUUGCAACGGUCAAUAUCAACCCCGGUCUACUCGAUCAACAGUUCUCUAAUGUUAUGAGAAUGCCAACGCCAGGCCUCGCUCAAAAUAUGAUGAGCCUAACGAAUAGUUUCGGCAAUCAAGGCAUGUCACCAUUAUCAGCGCAGAGUACAGCAAAUCUUCAAAGAUCGCCUUCUGUAAUGACUGGCUCACCGAUACCCCCGACAGCCGUCAAUCAGUUUACACAGAUGCCAAACAUGGGAACCAAUAUCGCCCAGCAGCAGUUUGCCAACACCUUACAACAAUUCUCAUCAGUGUACCAACAACAACAGCAACAACAAUCACAACAACUGCCACAACUACAACAACAACCAGAUCAAUUACCACCACCUUUUACACCUAAUAUGCCCCCAGCUAUUCCUCCACAACCAACACAGAUCACCCAGUCUAGACCGCAAGCUCCACCAAUGAGCCAACCAACAAUGUUUCCAAUACAAAGACCCCAAGCCAUGGAUACACAAACCACUGAAGUUCAGAUGACUCCUUUAUUUCAUUCUCCUCCACCUCGUCAACAAAAGCUUCUUCAUUCCGACGCCUACCUCAGAUAUAUCGAAGGUUUGCGCGAUGGUACGCCGCAUCUAAGCAACUGGAACCCAAAUAAACCCGAUGUAACCAAACUUACCCCGCAGCAACAAUCACAACUGCCAGUACAAUGGUUGGGCUCCGCCUAUAACCCUCAUCCAUCCACCGUUGAUGCAUUGUGGGCUCUCAGAGAGCAUAUGUUGAAUGAUGCUUUGAAAUUGGCCAAGUUUUCACAUAAGAGCUCCUGAUUUACCCUAGUUUGAUGUCAUAACUGUAGUUUUAACAAGAGAACUUCAAUCACGCAUUUGAUGUUUUAUUGUUAGUGUUUUAGAAUUCUCAAUGUAGCGAGGAGUAUGUUCAUGUAUUUAUUAAGUUUUCAUUGUACAGUGGUUGUGAUGACAGAGAGUAACAGUGUUUUGUAU